AUGAAUCGUCUGCAAGAAUCUGGUUUACCUCAACGGAAGCGACAAAAAGUGUCGGAGCCGGUGUUGACAGAUGAAGAGCGUUUACUCUUUAACCUAAUACGGAGCAGGGAAAACAUAGGGAUAUGGACCGGAGAUAUGAAAAGAGAAACAAACCUUCCUACUACUGUGGUCAAUAAAUCCCUGAAGUCACUUAUCGCCAAGAAUAUGAUAAAGGAAGUUACUACUAUUCAAAACAAAGGUAGAAAGCACUACAUGGCAAAAGAAUUUAUGCCUUCCGAGGAAAUCACUGGUGGUCAUUUUUAUAGUGAUGGGAAACUUGAUGUCGAUUAUAUUAACAGUCUAAAAGACGUGUGCUUGAAAUGCAUUUUCAUGCAGAAAGUUUCCACAUGUGAUGGAUGUGUGGAGUGGAUUAAAAGGAGCGGGGUCUUUAAUACUGAAGUCACAACAAAACAAAUGGAAGAGAUUUUGCAAACUUUGGUUUUGGAUGAUGAGAUCACGCAGAUGAUAAGUACUGGAUAUGGCGAGUUUUCAUCUAUUACUGUUGGUAAAACCUGUUACAUAAGCAAAAGCAAAGGCGGAGUUAGAGGGGAAAAGAAGACUGCUGACAUGACUUCCUUUCCAUGUUUUUCUUGUCAAAGAAUGAGCUUUUGUUCACCAGAUGGCACUAUCUCUCCAGCAACAUGUGUCUAUUAUCAGAAAUGGUUAGAUUUCUGA